CUUCAACUUUCUUUCUUUAUUAUUAUUAUUAUUAUUAUUUAUAUUUCAUGGGUUACCAUCAAGUUAUUUUAAAGUCAUCAUCUGAUACUAUUUGUCUUCCAUUCGAUAAUUUGAAUACUACAGUGGGAGAUGUGAAGUCUCAUUUAUGUGGUAACAAUGCGGAUGGAAUGGAUGCACUAAUUCUUUCCAGUCUUGGGGGCAAGAUAUUAGACGAUAGUACAAUUUUAUUUACGACAAACGAUACUGAAUAUUUGAAUGUUUCUUUACGACUAAGAGGUGGAAAAGGCGGGUUUGGAUCCAUGUUGCGGGCUCAAGGUGGACGGAUGAAUGCACAAAAAACAACCAACUUUGAAGCUUGUCGUGAUUUACAAGGUCGUCGUAUCAAGGCUGUCAAUGAUGCCAAAAAAUUGGAAGAAGAACUAGCUGCCAUACCGAUUCGGGAAAAAGAAAAAAGAGAAAGAUUGGAAAAGAAGAUUGAAAAGGCACUCAAGGAACGGGAACCACAAAAAUACUUGUUUGACGAUCAUGAAUUUUUGGAUAGUCGUGAACAAAUGAUUGAUGGGGUCAAGAAUGCUCUCAGCGGCGCACUGAAACGAUCACAUCCAUCAUCAUCAUCAUCAUCAUCAUCAUCAUCAUCUUCAUCUUCAUCAGCAUCAGCAAACAAACGACAGAAAAUCCAAUCAUCUUCUAGUAAAAAAGUGGUGUCGGUAUUUGAUGAUGAUGACUCUGACGACGAAGAAAGUGACGAAGAAGAAACAUCAACUCCCAUGACAUCUGACAGCAAGGGAAAGGCACCUGCUAUCAAUGCAAGAGCAAUCAAGGCUUAGUUUAUUUUAUCCAUUUGAUAGUCAUCU